AUGGUGAAUCUCAAGAGGGAGCGCUACAACCUCAUGUGGCAAAUCAAGAACAACGCUAUGCGCACGAGCACCGGCAAACCCGGACGCCCGAUCACUCCAGCCGAGAAGGAGGCCAUGGUGGCAAGAGUGGCACAGCUGGACAAGGCCCGCCAGAACAAGACGGCGGACUCCGUGGUGGGCCGCCUGACGACAGUGGUGGAGCAAGCCGGCAAGACCAUAGUCGGCGAGAUCCGCACGGACAACGAACGCCAGACUGCCCGCAUCGUACAGAACCAAGCGGAGCAGACGUCGCGGAUUUUGGCGGACAAUGCCGAGAUCAAAGAGGCCGUGAAGGGCAUCCAAGGGAAGGCGAAGACCGACGAGGAGCUGGCCCUGAAGGACGCCGAGGAUGCCAAGAUCAAGGAGGCCGAGGACGUCAAGAUCCAGGAGGCCGAGGACGCGAAGAUCAAGGAGGCCGAGGGCGCGAAGAUCAAGGAGGCGGAGGCCGCCAAGUGCAAGGAGGCCGAGGACGCGAAGAUCAAGGAGGCGGAGGCCGCCAAGUGCAAGGAGGCCGAGGCCAAGCAGCGCAUGGAAGCCGAGGCCGCCAAGCGCAAGGAGGCCGAGGACAAGCAGCGCCAGGACGCCGAGGCCAAGCAGCGCAUGGAAGCCGAGGCCAAGCGCAAGGAGGCCGAGGACAAGCAGCGCAUGGAAGCCGAGGCCAAGCAGCGCCAGGUGACCCCGCCGAGAAAGCCGCAUGCAGAGGUGGCGACGCCGCCGAAGUCGCGGAUCGUGCGACUGCCGUUUGGCGAAGUUCAGGUCGUGGGCGAUGACGGCAAGACGGCGACCGUGAAGAU